AAUUCACAGCAACAUGAAUUCAGAAUACCGCCAGUGGUAUGUAUGAAAUCCGUAUAAAUACAGAAAAAACACUUUGUUUAAAUUUCCUCACGGACACCAUUAAAAAUGGCGUUCCAACUGGUUGAAGUCUUUGUCAUCGGGGUUAUAGUUUCUGUGGCCUUUAGUUGCAGUUGGAUUCCAAAAGUAGAUCAGGAGGAUUUCUGCUUUGCAAAAUAUGCAUUUAAAGCCACAGUAAAGUCAGUAGAACAAGUUGACGAAAACGCUGAUUAUACAUACACAAUUGACAUCCUAGAGGAUUACAAGGAAACAAAUAAAGCAGUGGGUAAUUUUGACACAGUUACUGGACAUGGGCCAAUGAUGUCCUGUGGACCACAGAAUCUAACUAUCGGGGAGGAUUACUUGAUUUACGCUGGUGUUGGCGACAACGGAGAGCUCUAUAUCGCCGAAUACAGAAGCAUGGACUACGUUAAACCCAGUGAUAUAGAGAGAAUGAGAACAAAGUAUGACUGUGGCUGCAAGAUAAAAUGGAAUUAUGACAAAAUUUUGUCGGGCGCGUCAGUUGAACUUCCCCCGCCUACUCAAGACGAGUGUAAUGUCUCCGACAUUAACUGUAGCGCCUUCUGCCGGAGAAACGAGACGGGAUUCUGCACGUGGGGUAACCUAGGAGAAUGUUACUAAAUCAAGACGAUAUGUUUAUUUGUAAUCAUGAAUCAUUAUUAUCAAUAUUAAAUGUGUCCAAGCAUUCA